CAAUCCUGUAAAUAUGUUGAUGUUCUAUUUGAAAACCACGUUGUUUUGUUUGCGUAAAUUGUGCAUAUGGCUUUAAGACGACCAAUCGCCAAUGUUCUUUAAGGGAAAUUCUAGAAGGUUUAGUUUUAAAAAACUGUAGGAAAUUAGAGCGCAACGGUUCUGAUGUGCUUGUGUAGGUGCGGGUUUAGUUUACUUAAGUUUUGUGGAAUCGUUUUUGGUAUUGUGGAAAAGUGAACAUGUUUAAUUUUUAAACCUGGCGAAGUUCAUUGUGGAGUCUACACAAGCAUAAUCAGCCAUAAACUCGAAUUUCUUACGGUGGAAGUCGGAUGCGUACCGUUUGUAUGUGUACCGUGCACAUUGCAAAUGUUAAUACGUGUACAGAAACAUACAGUUCCUGUGAAUCAUGUAUGUCUAUGUCUUAAUUCUAAAGUGGAAUUCUAAUAUUCCUGCCAGUUACAUACAGUAUCAAGUUGUCAAGUUGUAAUCCUGUCUGUGGCAAGAGAAGUUUGUGUCUUCAACUUGAACCAAGACAAGAGUGAAAGCUCAGUUUUCCACUCGGGCAGCAUUUCAUGUAGCACAAACUGAAAACGAACAUGCAAUUUUAAUCCAGUACUUAUUAUACUAUACAUAAAUUCUUUAUAUCGAGAGUGCUACAGUCAUUUACGGAUAUAAUCAGAUAUUUUUCUUAAUCACUACCAGGAUUAACAAAUCUUAUGUCGUUUUCGCGAUGUCUAUUUUAAUCAAGCGCACUCAAACUAAACAUUUUUCUGUUUGGGAUCGCUGAUUUGAACACACGAUGAGUCCAAGAACAUUUGUGAAAUAUUCUGCAGUUUAGCAUGAAAUGCAUCAUACAAAGUACAAAAUGGCUUACCUGUGGAGUGAGAUAAAGACUGCAUUACCCCCAAGCAAGGUGGAGUUUGUACAACAGUUCAAUGAGAAAAUUGACCCCAGUAUCAUCGCCAUGCUACAACAGGCUAAAGAGCUGCUGUAUGGACAAGCAAUGGCAUCUCAACUUUUACAGAUCAGUCAGAUCAUCCUGGACUUCUCCUGGGAGAAACUAAACACAGGUACAUGGAAAGACGUUGAUAAGGAGUGGAGGCGUGUUUACUCUUAUGGCUGCCUCUUCAAAACAGCUGCCUUAUGUCAGAGCAAGCCAACUGAAGAAACUGUGCAGGAAGCUAUAAAAACAUGUGACAUGGGACUGUUGAUGGGAGCAGUCAUCAUGGACAAUUUGCUUCAAAAGCUUGUUGGUAUCCUGCAGAAUAGGGUGAAGAAAAGGAGACUUCACAAUACUGACCAAAAUGACACCCACUGUUUGAAGAAAUUGAAGACAGAAUUAAUUUCUGUUCCAGAAAUUAAUCCAGCACUGGUGCUUCCUAGGUUACACUGUCCAGCGCUGGAGCGUUUCAGAACAGAUUAUCUGAUCCCACAGAAGCCUGUUAUAUUAGAAGGCAUUAUAAACCAUUGGUCUGCAUUCAAGGACCAUCAGUGGAGUCUUGGAUACCUGAGGCAGGUAGCUGGGUGCCGGACUGUGCCAGUUGAAAUUGGAUCUAGAUACACCGAUGAUGAAUGGUCACAGAUUCUGCUCACAGUCAAUGAAUUCAUAGACAACUACAUUCUCCAACCGGAAAGAGGGAAUGGUAUAGGAUACCUAGCCCAGCACCAGCUUUUUGAUCAGGUCCCUGAACUUAAGCAGGACAUCAGUAUCCCUGACUACUGUUGCCUUGGUGAGGGAGACGAAGAUGACAUCACUAUAAAUGCCUGGAUUGGGCCUGUGGGUACUGUCUCUCCAUUACACCAGGAUCCGCUGCAGAACUUCCUGGCCCAGGUGGUUGGAAGAAAAUACAUUCGUUUGUACUCCCCAGAAGACACUGACAAAGUGUAUCCUCACCAGUCUGGGCUGUUACACAACACAAGCCAGGUGGAAGUGGAGAAUCCAGACCUGGAACACUUCCCAAAUUUUGCCAAGGCUCCUUUUCAAGAGUGUGUUCUGCACCCUGGGGAAGUUCUUUUCAUCCCAGCAAAGUACUGGCAUUAUGUGAGAUCUCUUGAUGUCAGCUUCUCUGUCAGUUUUUGGUGGUCCUAACUAAAAAAAUUAAACUGAAGGUUGUAACUCACA